AUGGCAAAAUCCAAAAGAGCCAUCAAUCCAGCCGAUGCUUUACGUAAAAAACAACGUAAACGCGAGCUUAAAAAGAACAAAGAAGAUCGUAAACGAGCUCGAGAAUUAGCACUUUCAAAAAGAGACACUGCACAGAUCAAGGGUGAUAUUCAGCGAUUAGAGAAUCAAGGCAAGUAUCUACUGAAUGCACAAGCGGCAUUGGCUGAACGACAGAAAAAGCAACAGCAACAGCAAGAGUCUCGAAAGAUGGUGUACGAUCCAAAGACAAACAAAUUUGUACCCGUCAAAAUCAAAGGUAAUACACACCCUUCUACAAUUUGUCUGGAUGAUCAUUCGCUGAACCUAUAA